CAAACAGAACCUCCUUCACUGUGGUAGGUCAUACGGUUGUUUCAUCUGUUGUGAUCUUUGCUUACCAAAGGUAGUGCAGUAACUCUCAUUUCACUUCGAGUGGGUCGAGUCGGACAAAUCGCAGUGCAAAAAAUAUGGCCACCACGCUGGCACAGGCGAAAACUGCCCUUAGGCGUACGAUUAAGGCGAAACUUAAGGCUCUCGACGCGGCUGAUAUUGCAGCACAGUCCCAGAUUGUGAUAGAGAAGCUAAGAGCAUUGGAAGCAUUUCAAAGAGCUCGAAGCGUGUCAAUAUUUGUAAGCCUACCGCAUGAGGUCGAGACUAGAGGCAUCAUUCGUGAGAUGCUGAGAACCGGCAAGCGCGUCUUUCUUCCUCGCUACAGGGAAGGUACAAAAGAGAUGGACAUGGUACAAGUGUCUUCUGAGAAGGAAUUCGACGCGUUGCCUCGAACCAAAUGGAAUAUACAGCAACCGUCAAUGGAUGCCGUUUGUGCGGAAGCCAUCGAUGCUGGCGGUCUCGAUUUGGUCAUCUGUCCCGGAGUGGCGUUUACUAUUGAGGGGCAUCGUUGCGGCUACGGAAUGGGGUACUACGACAGGUACCUCACGAAGCUACGAAACAGCUGUCCUAACAAGAAAGCUGUGCUAGUUGGCUUGGCCUUUAAAGUUCAGAUAGUGGACAAUGCUGAACUUCCUUGGGAAGAUACUGACAUCAAAAUGGACAGAAUCCUUCACAGCUGAACCUUUACAUCAAAUAGGCCCGUUUGGCUGACGUUCCAUAGAGAAUUAUCACUGCGGAUCUCGUAGAGUAUCUUGAAACAUUCGCUCUAAUUUAACGCGCAUUCCCAACGUAUUGAGUCUGAAUUAUAUAAUGGAGUGUACUUCGCACAACGUAGUUUUUAAUGGAAACAAUGAUGCACUUGGUUUUGAAUUGAAAGAUGCUACGAAAUACGUAAAACCUACGUAAUUUACCUGUGUCAUAUGUUUUUGAAUUAUGUGUAUUCAUUUUUAGCAACAGACGUGCUCAGUAGUAACGUUGAUCUGGGUCGAUUUGAAAAUGAUCUGGGUCGCUAUGAGCACACUCAAUUCAUAGAAUUUCAGUAUUUUUUCAGUAGUGGUGUUCUUGUACUUUAUCGUAUUGAUAGAAUCCGCAGUAGAUAAUCUGACGUGCUUUUUUUUUUGCAUUCGGCCACCAUGUCUGAUUGUUACCAGCUGCGAAAACUUGAAAUCCGUGUUAUUAAAAAUAAAAAUACGCAACAACAAUAUAUUGAAAUAAAAACAAUGU